UAUCUGUCGAGUUGGGUGAUGACAGCAGCGAGUUUUGACAAAUUCUCGCUUUUAAUUUCUUCAAAAAAGUCAAAACGGGUUAAAAAUAAUGAGAAUUAAUGAAAAUAUUCACCGUAGUUAAUUAGCAGUUGCGAUAUAAUUGUCGUACCCAUAUGUUUGAUGAAAAUUAAUUUACGUGAAUAAGUGGGUGGAUUCCAUCUGCGCUAAUAAGCGGAUUGUUAUUUGUGUCAUGCCCGCAAAAUCGACGAAUUGUGUUGAUGAUGAAAAGCAGAUGAAAAAUGAAGGGUGUCGAUAGUGCGACAGGGGACCGUGAAGGAAUGACACACAAACCGAUUAUUACAUGUGCGGGAGAUUGGAAUUUAUUUUGCACUUUAGAGGCGCCCCUGGUGGCCGCCAUACCACAGGACUCAUGUGAGUGGAGGCGGUCUUAUGGCCGGGCUACCAAGUCUGUCUACCUAGAGGCCUCUUUCACUAAGUUUAAUAAGGACAGAGUGCAAAAUGAGCUAAACUUACUGAAGAAGCCAAUAUUUCACAUUUAUUGGACUGACUGUGUGGACAUAGAAUAUUACAAAACAACUCUAAGAGAAGACAUAGAAGUAUGGCUGAAACAACUAGAGCAAAAUGGAAUUGCAGAUUGGAUGAUAGUGCUAGUAGAAACUUAUGAUAUACGCAAAACAAACAAAUUGUUGCCGAGGACUACGGUUUUGGACAAAAUCAAAGGAGACUUUGGAGUGAAACAGACAGAAGAUAGAUUUAUAUCCGUUAUAAAUCCUAUCAAGUCCGAAGCAAGAAGUGCGGAGUCAUGGCGGUCGUUGGUAGCAAAGAUAAGGCAUUUUGUGCUUGUGGCAUACAAUAAAGCUCUUAUUAAGUUUGAAGAGUACAUGAGAGAACAACGAGAGAAACGUAAUGAUCCGGAUUGGGAUUUUUGUAAAUAUUUUAUUUUGCAGGAACAACUAGCAUUUGUACUUGAAAUGCUAGGCUUGUAUGACGAGGCUCUAGUCCAGUAUGAUGAGUUAGACGCUCUGUUCUCUCAAUUUGUGCUCAAUUCCAAUCUAACAGAGAGUCCGAAAUGGCUUGACACGUUUAGACAACCUGUGACAUCUUGGCAGGCGGUCAGACUGACUGCUUUGGUACCCCAACACCUUCGAGAACUGAUAAUAAAGAAGAAGGCUUCCUUGUUGGAUUUCAGAAGCUAUUUGUUUCAACGUCAAAGUGCCAUGUUACUACCUUCAUCGAAACCUUGGGAGAUCGCCUCCCGAUGUCUAUCCACAGUACACAACACAUUAGUAGAGUUAUCUCUCCUCGGUGCAACCGCGGUAGAGGGCGCUGCGGCGUGCUGGGCGCAACUCGCAUGCGCGGAGACGUUGCGAGCUUGCGAACGUUUGGCUGCGAACAAUAAUGCUCUCGAUAUGUGCACUGCCACCCAAGCUCCACUUUUGCACAAUGCUAAGGAUAAGUUACAUGAAUUAGGCAAGCUAUGCGGUCUUCUCCCUGGCUCUCCGGAUCCAACAUCAGAACAGCUGCACCUUGUGGUAAUGUUAUCAGCAGGGAUGGGAGACAAUGAGAAUAAUAACCAACAGCCUACACCCACUGACAGACUGAAGGAAGCUUUGUGUAGCAAAACCAGCUUCCAGCAGUACUAUUUGGAAUUAGCUGAGUUAGCUAUGGGCACUUAUAAGCAUAUUGGGCGGUUAAGAUUCGCCCGCCUAAUAGGCCGUGAUUUGGCCGCUUUCUACUCUGAGCUGGGGGAGACUGGGAAGGCGGUGGUAUUUUUGAUGGAUGCUCUACGGUCGUAUGAGGAGCAGGGCUGGCGGGACCUGGCUGCGCAGACCAGGCUGGAACUGGUAGCCGCUGCUAAGAAGAUGAAUGAUAUGGAUAGAUACACAAAGCUCUCAGCAACAAUAGCGAGUACAGCCGAACUAGAAAUAUUAGUCAGAAACUUUUAUUUUGAGGAAAUGAUGAAAUGUAUCCGCGAUGAACUCAGCAAGAAGUCGGAAACGGUACUAACCGAGUUGAACGAAUGUUUCAAGAUCGUAUCGGCUAGUUUAGUGCCGUCGGAACGCGGUGUUUAUAUCACUGACAAUAAGGUUCAAUGUCGCAUGACGGUCGUUAGUUAUUUGCCAAAAGAUGUGACUUGUACCAGGGCAGCAAUAAGUAUAGAGAGGUGUAAGGAAGAUAGGACGGACAGACGGACGCCUGUCAAAAGUUAUAAGACUGAUUUAAGUGUUAGCAGUAGUGCAGGGUCGCCUCGACGGGGGCCUCCCGAAGCUGACAAUGAAACUACUAACUUAAUUACAAGCAUAAGACUGGACGACUUAAAACCCAAGGAUCCACUAUUAAACCCUUUACACAUAACCUCACAAAUACAUUACAAAGAAGACAAAUCCCUCCAAAAAGUCACAGUUGAAUGUCAAAACCCAAAAGUGACGCUCAAAAGGUCAGACAGUUGCAAAUAUCGAAAACCUUCAGCGACAAUACGGAACAAUUAUGAAAACUGUUUUUCCGUGAAAGGUAUAACAUUAAAACCAGGCUCAAAUGACCUGGUCUUGGACUUUGUGACGACCAAGUGCGGGGUCUUCAAACUUGGUCAGAUCUCUUUGGUGAUUGAAGAAAAAUUGGAGUUUCUGUCGAAUGUUUUGAUAGGAACGAAGAUGGGAUGUGAAAUAGUGACGCAGGGCGUGAAUGUUUAUUUGAAUAAGGUGGAGCCGAAGAAGGAUUUAGUUGCUGGACUUGAACACGCUGUUGAGCUGGUCGUGAAUAGCGGGAGCUCGCAUAUUGAGGAGAACACAACAAUACUCCUGAAAACAUCAUCAGGCCUCCUAAUCAGGUUUGCUGAUGAUGAUACUGCGAUGUCUCGGGAGCUGAACAUCAAAGUCCCGGCUUUGGAACCAUUCCAGACCUCUAAAGUCCCGCUUCGGUUAUUCGCGACGUUGCAGCCUAGGAAGGAGAAGAGUAUUGAGCACUCUGUCUGGCUAACCUGCCCCUGGCGGGAAGCGGUGACAGAAGUGCCGUUAGACUUCACACCCCCCAUGGUAGCAUCGUGGCGACUGCUUACUUCAAACACGAGGAAAUUCAUCCACAUUACCCUCAAGUCCACCGUUGUUCAUCUGGUGCAGUUCGCUUUAACGGACCCCAAGCUGGAAUGUGAUGGGAACAAUGAUAUGGUAGCUGAUUUGAACCCUAAGAAUUCUGAUCAUAUGAUGGUAGCUUCGGAUGGCACAACAGCUUCAUUCAUGUGGGAACUGCUGAAAGAUCCUCUGGUAAAAGGAGGUCCAAUGAAGGCGACAUUCUCAGUACACUAUCGUCCUUCGGACGUCGAGGGCCCCGGCAGGCCGUUCACCUGCCCCUUCGACAUACAGGACUACACUACAUUGUUUGUCAUAAGGACCAAAUUGGAACCCAGUAAGGGUUCCGACUUUUGCAGGGCUUCGCAAAUGUGCUGUUUGCAGCUUAGUGUGCAGAGGGUGAACGAAACUGAAUACACGUCGCUUAUGUACGAAGUGCUUGCUGAUCAGACGAUGUGGGCGGUUUUGGGCCGUACUGCAGGGGUACUAACAAUGGAAUGUACAAGCACGGAACCACAGAAUGUGACGCUAGAUGUUAUGCCUCUAGUCGCUGGCUACUUACCGCUCCCAACCGUCCGACUGUCCAAGUACAUCGCUGCUAAUACCAAAGAUCCAAAGAAGGAUAUUUCGGCGCAUCCUCGCUUGGAACCGUUCAGCCCUGGCCAAGUCUACCACGCAGGCAAAGCGAAGCAAGUCCACGUCUUACCACCUAUGCCCAAGGAACAUCUAGAUGUCAUAGCCAACUAAAUGUAAGUCAUAGACCAGAAUGCUAUGAGCUUAGAAAACAAUAAAUUUUAAUAAAUUCGCUAGAUUUUAUAGAAUAAUUUCCAAGCAUUUAAAAGACAGAAAAAAGUACUAGCGAUUUGUAUGUUAUUUGAGAAAAGGCAAAUCUUACUAUUUCAAUAAAUCGACUAAAAAGAACAACACUAGAACUGUCAAAAAUACAUAAAUUGUGAAAACAAAUACGUCCAUUGCGUUUUUCGAAAUGUUAUUAAAUUGCAGGCUCAAAUAAAUAUGUUCGAUGUAUUCUUAAAUGUUAAUAUUUAAUAAAUAAUUAAAAAUAACAAUUAUACCUACAUUGGUGUUUCGUGUUAGAGACAAACGAAUUAUUUGUAUGCUUAAAAGUACUUUUAAUGUAUAUUAAAUAAUGUACGGCGUAAAAGACUAUAAAAUACAUACUUUAUGGAUGUAUUUGGACAUUAUUUUGAAGAAAAACGUGAUUUAAUACUACCUGGGCUGGGUGACUCGGCUGUGUUGGUAAUAGAAACUUGGUAAAGAAUAUGAUUGAGAAUGUAUUAAUACAAUCCGUCGCUUUACGAUAGAUUUCUUUAUCAAUACUGAGAGUACCAUCCCAGUUCAAUGUGCUCUGACAAAACGCACAAAAUUCACGUAAAAUAAUGCUCAUUUUAAUCCAUAUUAGAAAAAAAAAACACUACCAAUAAAAAUUUACAAAAAAAAUGCUUCUAUAAGUAUUAUGAGGAAAUAUUUUCUUGUCAGAUAAUAAAAUUAUAAAAAAAAAUAAUAAUAAUAUUAUGGUUCAUGGCAUUGGCAAGUUUUCAAGGGUUGAUUUUGAUACUUGCUUUUCAACAGUUAUGUUGUGCUCAAAGAUUUCACCAAUACAAUAAUUUAUGCAUUUUAAAAAUAGUAUACUUGCCCUCUGUUAUAAGGGAUUGGGUGAUUCUCCAAAAAACCUUAACUUUUAUUUAACAAGUCAUUAUCCUCCCAGGUUUUUAAGCAUCCUAGUAAUUUAUUUUAUACAAUAUUUUUAAUCGGUUGCUUGUAAGCAGUGGUGAGAUUUAAUUUAAUAAAAUAAUUAUCUGUGUUUUAAUCAGCAGACUCGUUAAUUUUCGGUUGAGGAUAAUGACAUUAUUCAAUUUUUUUUAAUUGAUGUGAAGAAUCACCC